AUGGAGUACUACUCGUCGCUAGAUGCAUCACAGUUAGAUUCUGAACGGCCUACAUUAUUUGAGAUAAUAUCAGCUAAUCAAUUAGAAUCGCUUCUUUCACCUUCGUUACGGUACAUUCUAGUUCACUAUGCGAGCAAAUAUCCGAGGUAUCUACUCAAGCUUAAUAACUAUUUUGAUGAAAUCAACUUGGUAUUCAGGAGUUUUAUAGAGUGGUAUUUUUUAAACUACUGGCAAGCAACGUUUACGGAAAACUUUUAUGGGCUAAAAAGGGUGAAUCAGACGUUGUUAUCUCAAGGUAACUACAAUGGUAGCAAAUUGGCUCAAUUAGUGCCAUCGAUGAUUGAAGAAACAAGAAAAUUGACAAGUUUGCAAAAAAUUGUAUCCAUUUUCGAAGUUUCUGGUGUGUCCUUUUUGUCGGAAAAGUUGAAUUAUUGUUACGAGGUGUGGUAUACAAAGUAUAUAACGAACCAGUUGAAAACUCAUGAGUCAUUAUCUAAAAAGGAAAACAUUAAAAUACAAAUCAAGAGGAAAUUCGUUGAAAUCUAUCCAUAUCUUCAAAGUGGGUACCGUUUGGCAAAUUUGAUAACCACUUUGAUGUAUUUGAGUGGUGCAUCGAAAUCGCCAACCAUUUUAACCUACCUCUUCAAGAUCAACUUUUCACGAUUAUCGCAAUACGACUAUGAUAAAAAUGAACCAAAACAGGAUACGAAACAAAACUUUGGAGAAAAGACAAAUAAGGUUGCUCCACCAACAACAAUCGAAUACAUAUUAAACUUACUUGAUACUAAGGUGAGACAUCCAUCGUGGAAACUCACCAAGCUUGUUCUUGGAACAUUCUUCCCCGUUGCAAUAUUCACAUUGAAAUUUCUUGAAUGGUGGAAUAGUUCUGGGUUUUCGUCAAAGUUGUUGAAAAAUCAGGGAAAUACACUUACAUUCACAUUGCCACCACCAUUGGCGUUAACUUCAGCACUUUGUCAGGAAAAAAAAUUGAAGCAACAUCAGUACAAUAAGAAGGAGAAAAGAAAGGCUUACAAAUCGGGAAAACUUUGCCCAUUAUGUAAAAAGGAAAUGACAAAUCCCGCUAUAAUCGAAACAGGGUACGUAUUUGAUUACUCUUGUAUUUACAACUAUUUGGAGAAAUCACAUAUCAUAGUAUCGAAAAAGAAAGCCGAAGUAAGAAAUGAAGAGGAGGAGGAGGAGGAGGAUUCUUCAAUCUCAGACAUUGACGAAGUAGGCAUUGAUACGAAGCUGGAGAAAACUGAAACUGUUAUUGACAUUAAUAAAGGCGGAAGGUGCCCAAUAACGGGGAGAAAAUUAUUAGGUUGUAAAUGGAACCCGCUCACAAAUGAAUGGCAAAUCGACGGGAUACGAGAAAAGAUGGAUAGCGAAAAUAGCUCUUUACAAGCGAUAAAGUUUGACAGAGAUAAUAUAACUUUAGAGAUACUUGAUCAAUUGGUUUUACCUUACUUCACGAAGUAUAUUCCUAUUACAAGUAUAGACGAUGCGUUCCAAGCAGUUAAAUCGAUGCAAGUCAGAGGAGCACCAGCAAUUGCCAUUGUGGGGGCGUUUUCAGUUGUAGUAGACGUUCAUAACUCUUUAAAGUCAAAAACGAGUGAAACUAAGACGGUGCAUGAUUUAAAACAAUCUUUGGAUUAUUUAAUUAAAUCGCGUCCCACAGCAGUCAAUUUAGCUAAUGCUUUGAACGACAUUGAAGCGAUAUUGGCCAAGUUUUCAAAGACCGAACCGGUUACUAAAGAAAUAUACAAGUUGAUUUAUGAGUACGCUACUAAGUUAUACGAUGAUGAUUUGGCAAAUAAUUAUAAAAUUGGAGAAAACGGAUUGAAUUAUAUGGUGGAGUCAUUGAAGAAGGAGAAUUUCAAGGGACCAUUUUCAGUUAUCACAAUUUGUAACACCGGGUCAUUAGCAACUUCAGGUCACGGUACCGCAUUGGGUAUCAUUCGUUCCACGUAUCAACACUUGAAUGAAGUGACUUCAAAUGAGGAUUUUUACUUAGAUCAUAUAUACCCUUGUGAAACGAGACCCUACAACCAAGGAGCAAAACUCACAACAUACGAAUUAGACUACGAUGAAAUACCAUUCACAUUGAUUUGCGACAAUAUGGUAUCAUCACUAAUACAAACAUUGCUGAAUGGAAAAGAGAUUCAUGGCAAAAGCUCGCCUGUUAAAUUCAUCAUUGUUGGGGCUGACAGAAUCGUCAAGAAUGGUGAUACCGCAAACAAGAUCGGCACUUUCCAAUUGGCAGCGAUUGCCAAUUUUUUCAAUGCAACUGAAAACUCAAACAUUAAAUUUAUCGUUGCUGCUCCAAGAACAACCAUUGAUUUAAAGACAAAUAGUGGUGCAGGAAUAAAAAUCGAGGAAAGGCCACAUAAUGAGUUGACUACUCUUGUUGGUCCCAUUUUGAAUGAAUCAGAAGUUGGAAAUAAGGUCACUGUGGGUAUUGCUACACCCGGAAUUACAGUUUGGAACCCAGCUUUUGAUGUAACACCGCAUACCUUGAUAGAUGCUAUCAUAACUGAAUAUCCAAAGGCUUUUAUCAAGAAUAAGAAAGGUGAGUACAAUUUGUCCGAGUAUCAAAAGUAA